UCUCCAGGUCGGAUGUCGCGAGCAGCUCGGUCCACUCUGGUUGCGGUAUGUCAUGUUGGUACGAGUUAUUUUCCAGUGUCGCACACAGAGGGAGUCCGCGUCGCCAAAAACAGGCUGAGGCUUCUUUCCUUGCGCUGUGUAUUUGGCAGCAGCCGUGAUUCACAAUGGCCCCACGCAAAGGAAAGGUACAGAAAGAAGAAGUGCAAGUUUCCUUAGGACCUCAGGUUCGUGAGGGCGAAAUUGUUUUCGGAGUUGCACACAUUUUCGCUAGCUUCAAUGACACCUUUGUCCACGUUACUGACCUGUCUGGAAGGGAAACCAUUUCCAGGAUCACAGGAGGAAUGAAGGUGAAGGCCGACAGAGAUGAGGCGUCGCCGUACGCAGCCAUGUUGGCGGCACAGGACGUGGCCGAGAAGUGCAAAACUUUGGGCAUCACUGCCCUUCACAUCAAGCUGCGUGCCACCGGCGGCAACCGCACCAAGACUCCCGGACCAGGUGCCCAGUCAGCGUUGCGGGCGCUCGCUCGUUCCGGCAUGCAGAUCGGCCGCAUUGAGGAUGUCACUCCCAUCCCCUCAGAUUCGACCCGCAGAAAGGGCGGCCGCAGAGGCAGAAGGCUCUAAAUCACACAUUUGGAUUAUACUAUAAUAAAACAACUUGUUUCGCGUCAAGAACCA